AUGGGGAUCCAGCAGGAGACUCUGAUGGAGUCGAUUAAAUCAAAGGUGAAGGGUGCACUACUGCGGAAGUCGGAGAAGAAGAAGUCGUACGUUAAGAUGGACAAGAGCGCCAGCGUCAGGGUCGAGAUUCGCAGCCAGGAAGCUCAUCGACAAGAUCCUCAAGGUCCCUGA